GCUUGGCGACUUACAAAUUAUUCCUUCCCCCGGGUAGAAUCCCGGGUUGAGAAACUGGUUCCGAAUCCAAAGGAACCCGGUGUCGCCCGACGCCGGGUCACGUGGCUGGCGGUCCGAUGACGUGCGGUCUGCGGGGCGUCACCGUGACGUUUGGGCGACCGGCCGAGUGGCCCCUCUACCUUCGUUACCUGUGCGGCCGCGGUGCAGUCAUGGACCUGGGACCGAUGCGCAAGAGUUACCGCGGGGACCGAGAGGCGUUUGAGGAGGCUCAGCUGACCUCCCUGGAUCCCAUGAAGCAAUUUGCUACCUGGUUCGAAGAGGCUGUUCAGUGUCCUGACAUAGGAGAAGCCAACGCCAUGUGUCUGGCUACCUCCACCAGAGAUGGGAAGCCCUCUGCCCGCAUGGUGCUGCUGAAGGGCUUUGGCAAGGAUGGCUUCCGCUUCUUCACUAACUUUGACAGUCGAAAGGGAAAAGAGCUGGACUCUAAUCCCUUUGCUUCCCUUGUCUUCUACUGGGAGCCCCUAAACCGUCAGGUCCGUGUGGAGGGCCCUGUGAAGAAGCUGCCGGAGGAGGAGGCCACGUGCUACUUCCACUCCCGCCCCAAGAGCAGCCAGAUUGGGGCUGUGGUCAGUCACCAGAGUUCUGUGAUCCCCAGCCGGGAGUAUCUGAGAAAGAAAAAUGAGGAACUGGAGAAGCUCUACCAGGAACAAGAGGUGCCGAAGCCGAAAUACUGGGGUGGCUACAUCCUGUACCCACAGGUGAUAGAGUUCUGGCAAGGCCAAACCAACCGCCUGCACGACCGGAUCGUCUUUCGGCGGGGCCUCCCGACUGGAGACUCUCCUUUGGGGCCCAUGACCCACCGCGGGGAGGGAGAUUGGCUUUUUGAGAGACUUGCACCCUGACUCCCAAUCCGCCAGUGCCUGCUGGAGUUGGGGCUGGGUGCUGGGAGAGGGUGUGGAAUCGGGAGCCGGGCCCUUCUAAACUCAACCCAUAUUCCUCCCCACCCCUUAUAUUCAGGGCUCUUCAGGGUUCAUCCUCCAAGUUCUCUCUACUCAGUUGGCUCUCAAUUAGCUGUCUAGUGACGUGUACUGGUGGCAUGGGGAAUCACAAAUGGAAAAUAAUCCCAUAAUUAUGUUCUUGAUUUUGACAAUAAUGUAUUGGAAUAGCUCCCUCUAGGGGUAGCAGCUGGCGUGAUUCCCUUUUCUAGUGACAGUGUGGGUCCCUAGCAGUCCUGUCUGACCAGGCUACUGAGUCAUACUGGCCAAAGCUGAUUGGUCCCAGCACAAGUACCUGAGCCAAUAUAGCCAAUCAGUUUUUCUUGUCAAUGAUUUGAAAUGAAGAGCCCCAGAGCAAGGGAGUCAUUGUAGCUAAGUCAUUCAUUAAUGGCAGCCAAGAAGCAACAGCCUGUGGCUACUGCUCUUGCAACUCCCUGAGCGGCCCUGGACCCCUCCUUCCUACAACAAGGCUGUGCAAUGCCUCCUCCUGCCUCAAACACCUACUGUCUCUAAAAUAGCAGAAUCAAAUUCUGUUGCUUACAAAUAAAAGAACCUUAACUAAUUCA